AUGGGGAAACUAUUUAGUUACUGUGCUCUGAAGUUAAUAGAAGUCAUUGUGCUGCUGUAUGACAUAUUAACAUUCAUCUUUUAUUUCUUUUACCAACAACCCUACAAAGUCCUUCAUAUUUCAAGAAGAGUCAAGGCAAAACCAUUGAAGAAUAAAGACACAACGAGUCCGUUUAGAAGCAUUGAUUGUUUUUAUGAGUUGACAAAGACUCCACAGCAAGGAAUUGAAACAGUGAACGAUUUGUUUGAUUAUGCCGUCACUAAACACGCUGAUCUGCCAUCUCUCGGCACUAGGGAACUGAUCAGUGAGGAAGAGGAGGAGAUAGAAAAUGGAAAAUUGUUUAAGAAGGCGAUAUUUGGUGAAUACAAAUGGCAAACUUAUGGUGAAAUAAAAAAUCAAGUGACAAACAUGACACGAGGUCUACAAGAAAUAAUGAACGUCAAGACUGCAUCGCAGGCUUUAUUGAACAAAGUAUGCUUGUACGCUGAAACAAGGGCAGAAUGGAUUGUAACCUUGUUUGCUUGCAUCAAGGGCAGAUUUCCUAUUGUAACCCUGUAUGCUUCUCUUGGAGACGAUGGGAUUGUCCAUGCCAUCAAUGAAACUGAAAUUGAAACCAUCGUUUUAACUCCAGACCUCAAGCCCAAACUACUUAACAUGUUGGAGAGUUUGAAAACGAUCGUCAACGUGAUAAGUGUUGAUGACUGCAAAAGAGAUGUCAUCAAGUUGUCAGACAACAGGAAAGUCAACAUAAUCUCAAUUGCUGAUGUUCAGCUAAUUGGUCAGAAGGCUCUUGAAAAUGAAAAUGGUACAAAUUAUAUGAAUGAGAAUCCACCUGCAGACAACAUAGCUCUGAUCAUGUACACCAGUGGAUCUACGGGGGUACCAAAAGGUGUCAUGCUAUCCCAUUCAAAUGUAUUGUGUGCUAUCUCGGGCCAGGGUCAACGAGUUGGAGUUAUAGGACCUCAGGAUGUUUAUGUCGGAUACCUACCGUUGGCUCACGUCCUGGAAAUAACAGCUGAAAUCUGCUGCUUUCUGAAAGGAGUUCCCAUCGGAUUUUCUUCACCCAGUACCAUUACUGACAACUCGACUCGCAUCAAGAAAGGUAGCAAGGGAGAUCUGUCAGUCCUGCGCCCCACUCUGAUGACAUCUGUCCCUUUGAUAAUGGAUAGACUGUACAAGAUAGUUUGGGAAAAAGUGAAAGAAGGUCCAAGCUUCAAAAAAGAUUUGUUCACGUUUGCUUAUGAAUAUAAAAAGAAGAAUUAUGAGGCAGGCUAUGAUACUCCACUGUGUGACAUACUGAUCUUCAAAAAGAUUCGUAUGAUCCUGGGAGGUCGUAUCAAGUUGAUGCUGACUGGUGGGGCUCCUCUAUCUUCUGACACUCAACGUUUCAUGAAUAUUUGCUUCUGCUGCCCCAUCAUUCAGGGCUAUGGUCUGACUGAAACCUGUGGAGCUGGGGCUGUUUCGGAAGCUACUGAUCGCAACACUGGGAGAGUUGGAGCACCUCUCCAGUGCAAUGACAUCAAACUUGUUGACUGGGAGGAAGGGAAAUAUUAUGCUACUGAUCGUCCGUUUCCGAGGGGCGAGGUGUGGAUCAGCGGUGAUAACGUUGCGGUGGGCUACUACAAGAGGCCGAAUGAUGAAUCAUUUCAGUUUGUGGAUGGCAGGAGAUGGUUUGCCACUGGUGACAUUGGCAUCAUUGAACCAGAUGGCAGUCUUCGCAUUAUUGAUCGUAAGAAGGAUUUGAUCAAAUUGCAAACUGGUGAGUACAUAGCCUUGGCCAAAGUGGAAACCCAAUUGAAGUUGUGCCCACUUGUUGACAACUUGUGUGUUUAUGCCGACAGCAACAAGAUGUACAUCGUUUGUUUGGUUGUGCCAAAUAGAAAAAAUCUUGAAUCUCUUGCCCAUGAGAUGGGGUUGUCCAUUGGCUGGCCGUACAUAUGCGAAGAUGAAAAUAUAAACAAGGCCGUUCUCACAUCGCUUCAAAUGCAAGCUGUAAAAAGCAAGUUGAAUAAAUUUGAGAUUCCACAACGUUUGACCAUGGUUCCUGAUGUCUGGACUCCAGAUACUGGCCUGGUCACACCGGCUUUCAAGUUGAGACGCAAGAAUAUUGAAUCCUUCUACUUCACGGAGAUAUUGCGCAUGUAUUCGUAAUUGCAUAAUGGUGUCCCAUUGUCUUAUUUCUCGGAAAAAAAAGAAUCACUUGUUCAUGAACAAAAUGUAACUAUUCGCUACUGUUGAGUACACGUUGUUUACCUUAAUUAUUCAUUCAUUCAUUCAUUCAUUACUUAAAUGUUACAUGCAGUUUAUUGAAGGUUUUGUGGUACAGUAACUAUUGAAACUGUUGCAUUUACGUAAUUCAUUAUUAUAUUCUACUGUCAUUAUUUAAAAUCCUUAUGUUAAAUUUUAAGACUAUGAAAAAAUUAUGGCUUAAAUCGGAAUUUAUAAUUGCUUGAUACUCACUUAAUAUCCAUUCAGAAUUGGUAUUUCAAAUUAUAAAGCCUAGUUCACUUCAUUCCGUGAUUUUUUUUAUUGAAUUAUCGCAGGAUACAUCCACAUACUUCACCUUCUAAUUGAAAACACCUUGAUGUUAAUUUUAUUUCAUACAGAACUGUUCAGCUGUCACGAUGGCGAAGCGUUUUAUGUGCUUUUUGUUCUAGAUUUUUUUUUUCGUGCUGUUUAUUUAGGAUAAAUUAAAUGUACAUACUUUAUAAACAUCAUCAUCUCUAGAAAAUAUCAAAACAGAUUACACUUCAUUCCUUUUUGAUUCGUAUUUAAACAUGGGGUCUAUGCACUUUGAAAUUGAAUGGAAUGCUUCGAAAUGAAUGUUAUUUAAGUUGAUGUUAUUUGUCAAUCGUUAUUUAUUAUUAAAUUGAAAUAGUUAUUAUUUAUUCACGAAGAGUGCAAUCCUGCGGGCUUCUUUACAUCUUUCAGCUGGCUAUCUUAUAUCAUUUUAACUUAUUUAUUUUAUCCGAUUCAUUCCAGUUUUCACCGGAUAAUACUUUUAAUUGAUAAUAAUUAAUACUGCAUCUCUUUGGUAAUAGAGUGGAAACUAUAUUGAACGUGGUUUCAUUAAUUAUUUCGCAUACAUUUUAUCUGCUAGUAAUUCACAUUAAUACAUUAAUGGAUGUAAAGACGUGCACAAUUUUCGUCUUUGUGCGUGUGUGUGAGUGUAUGUGUGUGGGUAAUAUAAAGUAAUAGUCAAACGAAUUGUUGAUAUUUGAUUUAAUGAUGUCGUUUUUUUCCAUAAUUAUUUUUUCACCUCAUUUACUUGUCAUAUAUGAAUAUAUAUAUAUAUAUAUUGUAUAUAUAUAUAUAUUGUGUAUAUAUAUAUAAUGUUUAAUUGACGUUUAUCAUUAGCGUAUUUACAAAUGGUGUAGUGUCAUAUUAUAGAAAAGAUGGAAAGAUACGGCUGAGAUAAUUGUUUGAUGUCUCUGAGAGCUGAUGAAAGAGUGAAUAGAACAAAAUAAUGUGUUGUAAUUUUGAUUAUAAUAUAAUACACGUAUAUAUACAUAGGUGCGCGUUUCUGUACGUACAUUUAAGACAUCAAAUUACUUUCUCAGCAAAUGUAACUUUUCUAUGCGUGAGCACCUAUUAAAUUUAUAUAAUAUGAAUAAAUUUGUGUGCGCGUACGUAAAUACAGAUUUAUUUUAUUUGUUUAUGAAAAAUAUUUAACAACUGCGUAUCCUUAACACGUGUUAAAUGU